CCAAACAUAGCUAACAGCUAGAAGCCUAACAGGGGUCUGCCUGUCUAUAAACCAGUGCGUGUCUCGGAGACACAGGACCUUCGCUGUUGUCGUUCAGCUUCGAUCUGCUAAGAUGACAGAGCUGAGGCACCGUGGAGCCAGAGACACCGACCCGACGUUACAGAACCAGGCAUCGGAGGACAAGGGUUCAGACAGUGAGCUGAAGGCGGAGAAGGAUGGCGUGUCUGACACUGAGUCUAAGGUGGACUCGGGGGUCCCAGAGGUGCCUGUCCCUCCUGAUGACACCCCCGAGGUGCUAAACAAGGCCCUGUCUGGACUCUCCUCAAGAUGGAAGAACUGGUGGGUUCGUGGGAUUCUAACACUAGCCAUGAUUUCCUUCUUCUUUUUCAUCAUCUAUUUGGGGCCCAUGGUGUUAAUGAUGAUCGUCCUUUGCGUUCAGAUUAAGUGCUUCCAUGAGAUCAUCACCAUUGGCUACAGUGUGUACCACUCCUACCACCUGCCCUGGUUCAGAACGCUGAGCUGGUACUUCCUGCUGUGUGUGAACUACUUCUUUUAUGGUGAAACGGUGACUGAUUACUUCUUUACACUGGUACAAAGGGAGGAGCCACUUCGCAUCCUCAGCAAAUAUCACCGCUUCAUCUCCUUCGCCCUAUACCUCACAGGUUUCUGCAUGUUUGUUCUCAGCUUGGUGAAGAAGCAUUACCGCCUUCAGUUCUACAUGUUUGGUUGGACUCAUGUGACUCUGCUGAUUGUUGUGACUCAGUCCCACCUCAUCAUCCACAACCUGUUUGAGGGAAUGAUCUGGUUCAUUGUGCCAAUUUCCUGUGUGAUCUGUAAUGACAUAAUGGCCUACAUGUUUGGCUUCUUUUUCGGCCGCACCCCCCUUAUCAAGCUCUCGCCUAAAAAGACAUGGGAGGGUUUCAUCGGUGGGUUCUUCGCCACCAUCGUGUUUUGCGUCAUGCUCUCCUAUGUGAUGGCAGGCUACCGCUACUUUGUGUGUCCUGUGGAGUUCAAUAAUGACUCCAACAGCUUCCAGGUGGACUGUGAGCCCUCGGAGCUCUUCCAGCUCCAGGACUACGCCCUGCCCAGCAUCUUGGAGUCUGUCACUGGAUGGACCACAGUGCGUCUCUAUCCGUUCCAGAUCCACAGCAUUGCUCUGUCUUCGUUUGCCUCCAUUGUGGGACCCUUUGGAGGUUUCUUUGCGAGCGGCUUCAAGAGAGCCUUCAAAAUCAAGGAUUUUGCCAACACUAUCCCAGGUCACGGUGGCAUCAUGGAUCGAUUUGACUGCCAGUAUCUGAUGGCCACAUUUGUUAAUGUGUACAUUGCGAGCUUCAUCAGGGGCCCCAACCCCACCAAAGUGAUCCAGCAGCUCCUGGCCCUGCGUGCAGACCAGCAGCUCCACAUCUUCAACUCCCUGAAGGCUCACCUGAUUGAGAAAGGCCUGCUGCCGGCGCUGGAGGAGGCCGCUGCCUAGAACCAGCCACACCCAUAAGCGGCCCACCCUAAAAGGGGGAAAGCAGAGAGGAGGGCAGCACCCGGAGACCCUCUGUGGGGCCCCGGAGCUCUGGGAGACUCGCAGUGCUUUGUGUGAGCGAGAACACAUCUAAGAUUAAAAAAAAAAAAAAAAAAAAAUCCACAAAAAACUCUAGCCUUGGGUCAUUCCAUUUCAUCUGGAUAUGACAUGACGUGUUUGUGUUCAUACAGUAUGUGAAUUAUUUUCCUCCACCAGUGUUUUCAGGUUGGGUUAGUGAGUUUUACUGUACUUUUACACAUUUACAUUCUAAACAGCCUCUAUCUAGUCACACUUGAACAAAAUGUCAGUCGGCUGUACAUUUCUACCUGUAUACAGGAUAUCCUCUAUAUACCUAAUAAUGUGUGUUAAUAUUUUACUGUACAUUUUUUUUAAUGCACUGCUCUCCACCCUCACUGUACUGUUACCCUGGCUGUGCCCUGCCCCUGUUACUUUUUAUGUUCUUUAUUGUGAUUGUUUCUAUUUAUACAUAGAUGGUUUUUAUAUUUGGUAUGUUCUAUUAUAUCUUGAUGAUGUUGUAUCCGUGUCCGUUUUUCAGACAGAAUUUACUUUUGCCAUCAUGCAUUCAGGUUUGUGUCUGCGUGUUUUCACUGCCACUCAUUGUGUCCAAGCCUUUUGUGCUCAGCCAAAUCUCUGACGUUACGCUGACAUAUUGUAUAUCUCAAGAUGCUAAAUUACCCGGAAGGAUCAUCUGUUAAAUACAGCAUUCAGACAGGGAGUUGGAUUAUUUCCAUACGGUUUAAUUAAACUCCCAGAGCCACCAGCAGCCCUUCCAGUGUAAAGACGCUGUUUCUUUUCAUGUGGUGAAAGCAGGAGGGUCUCACUGAUAAAAA